UAGUUUAUUAAUACACCACGUGGAAGCUUAUUGUGUAAUUGUGCUAUCUUGGAUUCGAAAAGUGUAAAAUUUAGUAGUGCUGGAAUUUUGUAGGUGUAUUUUGGGGCUGUAGUAGCAUAAUCUCAGUAUGGCAGAAACAGAAAUAGCUUUACUCAGUGUCUCUGAUAAGGAGGGCUUGGUUGAUCUUGCCAGUCGUCUUGCUGCUUUUGGCCUAUCUCUAGUUGCUUCUGGUGGAACUGCCAAGGCUCUCAGGGAUGCUGGACUAACUGUCAGGGAUGUGUCUGACCUUUCAGGUUUCCCAGAACUUUUGGGUGGAAGAGUUAAAACACUUCAUCCUGUAGUACAUGGUGGAAUUCUUGCACGUGAUGUUCCAGAAGAUAAAAUGGAUAUGGACCGACAUGGGUUCAGUCUUGUGAGGGUUGUAGCCUGCAAUUUGUAUCCCUUUGUUAAAACUGUAUCCUCUCCUGGUGUCACAGUUGAAGAGGCAGUGGAACAGAUUGACAUUGGUGGUGUUACACUCCUGCGUGCAGCUGCAAAGAACCAUGCUCGUGUGACAGUAGUUUGUGACCCUGGAGAUUAUAAGAAAAUUUGUGAAGAGAUGGAACAGUCAGAGAAAAAGGACACAACACUAGAAACCAGAAAAAUGUUGGCUUUAAAGGCCUUCACUCACACUGCAGAGUAUGACGAAGCAAUUUCUGACUAUUUUCGAAGGGAGUAUGGCAGAGGAUUGUCUCAGCUUCCUCUAAGAUAUGGCAUGAAUCCCCAUCAGAUUCCAGCUCAGUUGUUCACUAAGAGACCUAAACUUCCAAUUACAGUGAUGAAUGGAUCUCCUGGAUUUAUUAAUCUUUGUGAUGCCCUAAAUGCAUGGCAGCUGGUUCGUGAGUUGAAAACAGCACUAGGCCUGCCUGCAGCUGCCUCUUUCAAACAUGUCAGCCCAGCAGGUGCUGCUGUUGGGAUACCGUUAAGUGAGGAAGAGUCGAAAGUCUGCAUGGUGCAUGAUAUGUAUGGUGAUCUGUCACCCCUGGCAACUGCAUAUGCUAGAGCUAGAGGUGCUGAUAGAAUGUCUUCAUUUGGUGACUUCAUUGCAUUAUCUGACAUUUGUGAUGUUCCUACGGCCAAAAUUAUUUCAAGAGAGGUUUCUGAUGGUAUUGUUGCUCCUGGAUAUGAAGAAGAAGCACUGAAAAUCCUGUCAAAGAAGAAGAACGGCAGUUACUGUGUUCUUCAGAUGGAUCCAGAGUAUGUGCCAAAUGAAAUGGAAGUGAGAGUUCUCUUUGGGUUGCAUCUAAUGCAGAAACGAAACAACGCUGUUAUUGAUGCCUCUCUAUUUAGCAAUAUUGCUACUAAAUGUAAAGAACUGCCAGAAUCUGCGAUUCGAGAUUUGAUAGUAGCCAGUAUUGCUGUCAAGUAUACCCAGUCAAACUCUGUUUGCUAUGCCAAGAAUGGACAGGUUAUUGGAAUUGGAGCAGGCCAGCAGUCUAGAAUUCACUGCACAAGGCUGGCAGGAGACAAGGCCAACAACUGGUGGCUUAGACAUCAUCCCAGAGUGCUUACUAUGACAUUCAAAACAGGAGUGAAAAGAGCAGAGAUCUCGAACGCUAUUGACCAGUUUGUUAGUGGAACCAUUGAGGAAGAAGACAGACCUCAGUGGGAAGCAAUGUUUGAGGUAGUGCCAGAGCUUCUAACAGCCAAUGAAAGGAAGACUUGGAUCAGCUCUCAGAAUGGAGUAGCUUUAAGCUCGGAUGCUUUUUUCCCAUUCCGUGAUAAUGUUGACAGAGCUAAGAAGAGUGGAGUUCAGUACAUUGCCGCCCCUUCUGGCUCUACUGCUGAUCAGAUUGUGAUUGAAGCCUGCAAUCAACUUGGUGUUACUCUAGUUCAUACAAACCUUCGCCUUUUUCACCACUGACUGCCAACACUGCUAAAUCAUCAUCCAUCCACUUUCCAUUCCAGAUUGCACAGAAGUGGCUUCUGUUGUUAUUUGUUUCCUCCUACAGCUUUGUAGCGACUUUGCACUUUGCUGUAUAAUUGUGGAUAACUUACUUAAGUAAAAUUUAUUUUCAUAUUGUAAAAAA